CCGCGCGCGCGAGCGCGCUCAGGAAGCCGGGUGGCUGUGACCCCCCUCCUGGGCCUCUUUCCCCCUCCUUCCUGCCCUCGUUCCCCCACCUUCUUCCUCUCCUUCUCGCUCCGCCACCCGCGCCCGGGGCAUCUACUCCCUCCCCACGUCACUCGCCAGCGCGCCAUGCAAAUCACCGCCGCCGCCAACUCCCAUUGGCCGCAGCGCGCUCAUUUAAUGGCAGCCCGGGCCCGGCGUAUGGCUGCUGGGCCCCGCGCACCGCCAGCCCCGCGUGCGCCUCCGCUCUAAGCGCACCGCCCCAGGCAGGCAGCGGGCAGCCCGUCCCGGGUUCAGCGGCCCCGCUCUCCGGCGCUCCUUGCACGCCCGCGCUGCCCCUGACCCCCUCCCUGACUGGCCCGCGCUUGCCCCCUCCGGGGCCCCCUCAAACCCUCCCCCCGGCAGCCGGCUCCCCCCCGGGCACCAGGGACCGGCACAUGCCCAGAGCACGCGGCGCAUCGCACCGCUAGAAGUUGCUGCCCCGAGUUGGAGGGCGCUGAACGGCGUGCGCCAGAGACCGAGGCGGCGGCGGUGAGGAGACAGCGACCCCCGGGCCGGGCCCAGCGCAGCGCUUCCGGCCAGGAAAGUGGAGCUGCAACUUGGGCACCACAGCACCUGUUUGCUCAGCUCCGCCAAGGGUGACUGGGUGGCGGCGGUGGCGGCGGCGGCGGCGGCGAGAGCGACCCCGGCCGGCGGCCUCUUUGGCAAGUGGUUUGUGCACGAGGAGAAACUUUACACCUGCUAGCCGGACCGGCGCUGAGCGCGUGUGCUUUGGCCUCUUUCUGUUGUUGCUGCCACCCCACCCCCAUUCUUCCUGCAUCCCCCCCACCCCUGGCCCUCUCCGCUUCAGCUGUCUAUGUGCCAGGGCCUCCGCGCGCGGCGCCGGUGAAGCGCGAGCCGCCCCAAUGUACAGCAUGAUGAUGGAGACUGACCUGCACUCGCCCGGCAGUGCCCCAGCCCCCACGAACCUCUCGGGCCCUGCCGGGGCGGGCGGCGGCGGCGGCGGCGGGGGCGGAGGAGGGGGCGCCAAGGCCAACCAGGACCGCGUCAAGCGGCCCAUGAAUGCCUUCAUGGUGUGGUCGCGCGGGCAGCGGCGCAAGAUGGCACAGGAGAACCCCAAGAUGCACAACUCGGAGAUCAGCAAGCGCCUGGGGGCUGAGUGGAAGGUCAUGUCCGAGGCCGAGAAGCGGCCGUUCAUCGACGAGGCCAAGCGGCUGCGCGCGCUGCACAUGAAGGAGCACCCAGACUACAAGUACCGGCCGCGCCGCAAGACCAAGACGCUGCUCAAGAAGGACAAGUACUCGCUGGCCGGCGGGCUGCUGGCUGCCGGAGCGGGCGGCGGCGGCGCGGCUGUGGCCAUGGGCGUGGGCGUGGGCGCAGCAGCGGUGGGCCAGCGCCUGGAGAGCCCGGGCGGCGCGGCGGGCGGCGGCUACGCGCACGUCAACGGCUGGGCCAACGGUGCCUACCCGGGCUCGGUGGCGGCGGCGGCGGCCGCGGCCAUGAUGCAGGAGGCACAGCUGGCCUACGGGCAGCACCCGGGCGCGGGAGGCGCGCACCCGCACGCGCACCCCGCGCAUCCGCACCCUCACCAUCCGCACGCGCACCCGCACAACCCGCAGCCCAUGCACCGCUACGACAUGGGCGCGCUGCAAUACAGUCCCAUCUCCAACUCGCAGGGCUACAUGGGCGCAUCGCCCUCGGGCUACGCCGGGCUCCCCUACGCCGCCGCCGCCGCCGCCGCAGGAGGCGCGCACCAGAACUCCGCCGUGGCGGCGGCGGCGGCGGCGGCGGCCGCAUCGUCGGGAGCGCUGGGCGCGCUCGGCUCGCUGGUCAAGUCGGAGCCGAGCGGCAGUCCGCCCGCCUCGGCGCACUCGCGCGCGCCGUGUCCCGGGGACCUGCGCGAGAUGAUUAGCAUGUACUUGCCCGCCGGCGAGGGCGGCGACCCGGCAGCCGCCGCGGCACAGAGCCGCCUGCACUCGCUGCCGCAGCACUACCAGGGCGCGGGCGCGGGCGUCAACGGGACGGUGCCCCUGACGCACAUCUAGCUCCGCCGGGGCGCGGGGACACUGCGGUGACGCCGAGCGCACGGCCCGCCGGGCGGCCUUUCGGGCCGGGCGCGGCCUUGCUUUUGUACAGACGUUUGUUUCCGCGCCCCGGGAACGCGCAGACAAUGGAGAGCGCGAGCGCCUGCCCGGCGACACCGGCCCCUCGUCCGCCGUUCAGGGAGGCCCUGGGGAGGACGCGGCGCUGACGCGAGUCCUGCGUUUUAGACUGAACUUCGGUGUUUUCUCGAGACUUUUUGUACAGUAUUUAUCAUCCACGGAGGAGGCAGGAAGCUGUUCUCUGCUUAAGGGGACAAAAAGACAAAAACACGUGAAAGGCGAUGCCAACUUUUGUAUCUCGGCCAGCGCGCGCCUUUCCUCCCCGCACCGCCCCCGCUCCCGACGCUUGCCUGUCGAGGCCGAGCGGCCGCCCGCCAGCGGCCCGCACCUGUUACAGAUGUAGUAAGGCGGAUCCAACACGCGGUUUUUUGUAGUCCUUACCGCUCUUUUAGUUUGGUUUGUUAAUUUAUACAAAGAGGACACCCCCACACCCUUCAAACGGCGGAGAUAUAUUCUGGGUUUUGUAAAACUUUCUGUAUCAAGCAUUUCCCACUUUUGAUUUUGUAUUAUUUCUUGUAAAUGCAUUGUGAAAUUUUUAUUUUAGACGUUGCGGUGCGGGGAGGAGGAAUCAGAUUGUGUACAUAGUUCCCUAAAAGCCUUUCUUCUAAAAACCGAACAGAUUCUCCCCUUAAAAUGAGAUGAGUUUUGAAUCAACAAAUUUAAGAGCGAAAAAGCGCAUUUUCCCCUAUAAAAUUGAAACGUGCUAAUUUUAUAUGCAUGUUUUAUGAGUUCAACAUGCAACUAGUAAUCCGUUGAAGGAGAAAGAGAUUGUCAGCAAGGACCGAGAGCCAGGGACCCCGGGAGAGGAGGCAGGGUCUCCUCUAGCGUUAAUCCUCGGAAGAAAGACAGUUAAAAUGAACGGAUGAUUUCGCAGAGCACAGGGUUCACACGGAAGGAGCCGGGAUUGCAGGAGUAGCCUACCACCCAGCUCUCCCACUGCAGCCUGCCUGCUUGCCGCGCGGUGAGUCCUCACUGCUGGUCCGCGCUGCGCCCAGCAGGGCUCUGCGAGGCCGCGGGCUUAGAGAAGGGGAAGAGGGGGACAAAGGCCUUGGCGAGGGCACUGUGUCCUCAGUUUCCCAGCAAUUACGAUUGCAAGCUUGGGUGUAUCAAGAUUCGGUUCCAGGAAACAGUCGCUGAACCGAAACGCGGUCCCUGAGCCCUCCGUGCUGCCCGGCCCCGGAAAGGGCGCUGCACUCCCCAUGGAUUCUGGUGCGCAGCCCGCUUGCCUCCCUCCCCGCGCCAACAGGGUGCCAGUUGCUAACCGAUGUGAACGCAAAAUGCCGUGUUUAUUAUUUCUGACAAGAUCUUGAGGUUGUUUGAUGCUUUAAAUUUUUUAAUUAUAUUUUUUCUAGAUGUUUAUUGGUACAUUGCAGUUUUUUUUUCCUGGAAUUUAAAGUUUUCUGUAAAACUUUGUCUUCAAGUAAUCUGACAGCAUUAAAUAUUGCAUUUAAAGUUACACUGUAGCGAAUACAUUUUGAAAAUACCCGUAAGGUUAGGAUGAAAUUCUGACUUUUAAAAAGAAAAAAUUCUUUGAGUCUGGGAGAUGAUUUCAGCAGUGUCGCCACACCCGUCUUCUGAAGGUCUCUGCUGGGAAAGAGGGAGGCUGCCCUUUCAGAGCCGUCCUGGCUGCUGCUGUGGUGAGAACCUAGUUCAGGCCGCCUCCAGAGCAGCUUAGGUGUCACUGAUGCUAACAGUUCUCCUGUGUCAUUUUUGCUGGUCAUUUUGAUAGUUUUGCUUAAACCACUCAUUCGUUGAAGUAACUGCAAAAAAUUCAGGGACCAUGUCCAUUGCUUUCUGACCAGAUAAUAAAAAAAGUCCCCCCUUUUCUCUCUCUCUCUUUUUCUGUCUCUCUUCCUUUUAGGGAUUUUUCUCCUUUCUAAAACAGUUGUCUCUCAAGUGCCAGUAGGUGUGGAUGUUGGAGAGUGCAUUGCCUGGAGGCACAGGGCCAGGACCGGGCUCCUGCGCAGGCCGGCAGGAGGUGCCUGGGAAUUCCACUGCUUGCUCUGUACUUCAGGCCAAGAUUCCUGGCCGGUCCUCAUUGAUCCUACAGGAGAGGCAGAAAAGCUCUCUGCAGAUUCCUGGCCUCAACACCCCAACUCCUGACUUGGGUGGGAGACAGGCAGGUGGCUGUGCCCACCUGUGUGGCUGCCAGGCCUCUGUGCUCACUGGACCAGGCACCUAGAUCUUGGUUCAGGCACAGAGAAGAACCACCCGCUGAGCACGGGACUGUGCAAAGUUGUGCUGGGAACACCGCCCACGUUCUUGGAGCCUUAAGUUUUAUAUUUCUGCUUCUCCCGGUCAGCUGGAAUAUUCAGUGCUGGAUACUCCACACUCCUUCCUUUUCUUUUUUCUUUCUCUUUCUCUUUUUCUUUCUUUCUUUCUUUCUUUCUUUCUUUCUUUUUUUUUUUUUUUUUUGUUCUGUUGAUUAGCACUAUAGGGAGAAGGGCCAAUAUAAAUUCUUUAAUGACUUAAUUUAAAAACAACAGGAGGGGGAUUAGCAGGGGUUCUUCCAGGACGGAGACCCUAUCUCUCCAUCGUCUUUCUAGCUUAAGUUGGUGGCGGGAGAUUCCCACCAGACCCCUGGGCCCACUCAGUCUCAGCUGCCUGGGUAGCAUUGGCUUUCAGUGCUCAAGGAAGUGCAGCCUGAGGCUGGUCAGGCUAUGAUGACUUCAUUCCCUGCCAGCACCUUACAGUCCCGCCUGAAACCUGGCAGAUCCUGCUUCGGCCUGGGAGGAAGGAAGGGGUCCCGACUUCCUUCAGGCACUGCAGGCCUGAGGUCCUUCUUUCUCUUUCACUCUGAUUUUUGUUCCUCCUGAUCUUUCUUUUUUUCUUUCCUAGCUUUGUUUUCCAACUCACCAGCCCCUUUUUAUUGUGGUUGUUAAGACUUUGCCACCCUCCCUCCAAGACCCCACGGUAGCUGGAUGAAACGAAUUAAUUUUUUGAAGGAGUUACGGGUGCAGGCGCCUCGUCUGCAGCUGUGUCUGGGAGUGUGACUGAUGGGUCUAUUAAAAUCAUGCGUGUGGGAGAAGAAUAACACUCAGAUUCACGCAUUUCAUUUCCCCAACAAAGACUGGGCACUGCAGAGCUGGGCUCCUGAAAAUUCCAGCAGAUUCCAGAAAUUCGCCCCAGGACACGUGCCCCCUGGGGGGCACCCUGGCUGGGCUGGUGGGCAGGGCUAAGCACCCGGUGCCCUGGGCCUUGUGAGCUUGGGCCUCCCUCACCCCUUGCUUACAGCCAGGGGCCGGGGUCCAAGCCAGGCUUUGAGUCCUUGGAAACUUCCAAAGAAAAGACUUGGCUUUGUGGGGCCCAUGUUCCCAGGGUGACCGUUGUCAGGAUGCAGGGGCCUUGGCAGAUGAGGGAGCAAGAGGCGGCCCCUGGGAUUGGAGUAACCCCCAGUCCUGCAAGGUGGUCUUGAUGCCUGUGUGUGAUGGGCACCCGAAGCUUCCCCUCGCUCUGCGCAGCAGCUCCACAGCCGCAGGGCCCAGCCAGUGCAGGGCGAGUUCGCCCUGCUCCCCUCUUCCCUGCCCUGCUCUGGCCUCCUUCCAUCAGCCUUCUCCACCCCUCUCCAGCCUCACCCCGUGGGCCAUUGGGGUGGGAGAUCCUGGGGUUGGGGGCCAGAGGCCCCUAGGCUCCCUCUCUGCCGGCCUCUGGGCCCAGCAGGAGCCACCGAUAGUCCUCCAGGCUCUCUCCCCGCCUUUGCUCUAGAGCUCCGCGGGGCCUUUGUCUGCGCCCCCGCCCAGCCCUUGCCCCUGCGCGCCCCUCAGAGGCCUGGCUGAUCAGGCAGCAUCCCUACAGGUUCUCCGUGAGAGCCGAGGUGGCGGCUUGGACUAGGAUGACCUGGGAAGAGAGGGCAGCACUCUUUGUGACACAGGCGCGGGGAAUAAUUCGAGUGGCCUAAUGGGUUGGCGCAGAAUGAGCUCACUAGCCCGCCCAGGUCAAAGCAACAAGUGGGCCAGGCAGGUCCAGCCAGAAGCCUGUACCCAAGGACAGGCUGGGCUUGUCCUCCUUCCCCUCCCAAAAGGCCCUAGGGAGAGUGCACCAAGGUCCCCACCAGGGGUUUGCAGACUGAGGUUUUUCUCCGUAACAAAAACUCUAGACCAAGUCCAGGGCUCUGUCCUGUCCUCCCAGACCCUGCUGAAACCUGCCUGCUCCUGGUCUCUCUGGGCCAGGUUGUGAGGGGGCUGAGAUGUUAGGGUUUUUGUGGAAGUGCAAGAUGCAGAGGUUCAUCUGGAGUGCAAGGUGCAGGGUGACAGCAGAGGACAGAGACGGACAGGAGGGAGGGGCCUUCCCUCCUCAGAGCAUCAGCCACACCAUGAAGAGGCUUAGCAGAUGCCGUGCACCCUGAAACAGAGCAGGGGCUCAUUUAUUCUGAUAAUAAAGCUGAAAGCACAGAAUUGUCCUGUUUUUCUCUAAAUUUGCACUUGCAAAUGUGAAAAUACUAAUACAGAGACAUAGCAGUUGGGUUUUUAAACAACAUGGAAUAAGCAAGUCGAGUGGACUUGCUCAUCGGGAGCUAACUGAGGCUUUGGGAGGUGGUGGCCUGGGUUCUGAGUUCCAAACCAGCCCCAGGCUGCUCCUGGACUUGCUCUGUGUGCUCCUCAGGAGGAUUCGUCCAGGCAGCAAGCCAGACCUCUCCAGAGACUCUGCAGGUCCUUCAGGCUGCUUGCAAAGGUCUAAUUGCCUGGAGCCCCUUUGGACCAUGUGGGUGCAGUAGAGAUGCUGUUUGUGAAGAACAGCAGGUCAUCAGAUGCAAAGCCUCGAAAUAGUCAGCCAGUCAAAUCAGUGGGAAAAAAAUCAGCUUUUGUUAGAUUUUGCAGUUUCAGGAAUUAGGCAUUCACUGCAGAGCUGCAGUUUUGAGAAAUCGCAAUGUCAGGCGCGUUCCCAGUGGGAAAAUAUUGUGAGUGUGGAGGAACGUAAGACGGCCUGACAACGGGAACUGACAGAAGUCAUCACCCAGGCAUUGUUUUCCCUCCAGCACCCCGGAAAUGCUAAGGAGCAUGAGACUCAGCGCGCAUGGCUGGGCUGCCGUCCUGGGAAUGCAGCUGGCAGUAGUGUCUUCCCAGAGGCUGAGGGCUGGCCCGGGGUCCUGGGGCGGAAGAACUGCCUGUGGGGAUGUAACAUGACUCGUGGGAGAGGCAUGGCGCCUUCCUACCGCUCGGUUACAGAACAGGAGGCAGCUGGCAAACGUGUUUUAGCCCAGAGACCAUGGAGCAGGAAGUGGAAAGGCCCCUCCUGUGCCAGGUAGCAGACUAGGAAGGACCCAGGCCUCUGUUGGACGCUGAACAAAAAAAGACUUCUCCUAGCCCUGCAUGCAGGGCCACCCGAAUCUUCCUGACCAGCUGAACUUUUGUUCACCUGUGCCUGCACCCAGUUAUCCCAGCUUCCCAGACGGAAGACAUCAGCCGGCUUCCCUGAGCUGCAUUCUCAUGGGCACCCUGGCAAGUGACCACGUGACACUGAGGCCUGGUUCCACAGUGGGAAUGUGAACUAGCACCGGUGCCCAGGUGCCCUCCAUGAGAGCAGAGACCCUGGCAUGACCACCUCAUGCCCACAGGUGGACCAGGCCUUUCAGCAGAGUUCCUGACAACCAGCCCAGCCUCUGGUGAGAGAACGUCCCACGGCCAGCUUCUUCUGGGGCAUGAGCCGUGCAUCUGACCUGUUCAGGGGCUGGAACCCAAAGAUGAACCCCACAGGCCUCCUGUCUGCCAAGUGUGACACUUGGUGACACAGAAGGAACCACGUCCAGGUUGCAGCUGGGCAGCAGAGGUACCAGAUGCCAGCAGAGCCUUCUAGCUCGACAGGGGUGUUCAGAGAGCUCCCCAGAAUGGUGAUGCAUGGGGCUACAAGAUCACUGAGCACCCCUUGGAGGGCCAGACACUUGGACCAGAGCCUGUGUGGGAUUCAAGGCUGCAUGUUCAUGUAUCGAACAAGAAAGUUUUGACAUUACCAUGAUACUCCAAUUAACAUAACCAAAUUUAAAUCUAUGCUACUCGGGGAAUUGGAGACGAGAAAGCAUGAACGUGUGAACCCAUUUGCCCAGGGAUGGCUGGCCCAGCUGUGCAGUCUCCGUCUGUCCGGGCUCAGGUGCCCCUGCCAGGGACUCUACCCACUUUCUGAACGACGCUAGUCGCCUAGUGUUGUUCCCCUCGUGGGAACCCACGCACACACACCUGCAGCUGCGGUGUCUGCAGUUCAGUCCCUGCAAGUGAAGUGGCCCGUGCCCAUAAGGAGGUGGCUGUGACCCUCGCCUCUAGGUGUGGGAGUGGCUGAGCAGGAGCAGCAGCCUGGGGCCAGUGGCUCAGGGGUGAGCGCUUGCCCAGAACGCACCGGGCCCUGGGCUCCAUCUUCGUGUCACGAAAACAAAACAAAGCCAAGCCAAGCAGGCAGGAUGGUUAUUACUGUUGCCAUGAGACCCAAACUUUUGUCAGCAUUUUUAUUUUUCAAAUUAUUAUUUUUUAUCUUAUAUGUUUAUCAAAUGCAUGAGAAAAUGCUUCCUUGGAAGUGAUAACUCUCAGUAUGCACAUUGCAGGACUUCUGGUCCUAGGGCUUUUUAUUAUUUUAAAACUUACUUUCUCCUUCCUUCCCAUGGUGGAGUAAGGUCGAGGAAGAAGGGUGUCCAGACCUUAGGAACAGGGGUGACACACUGGAAGGUGGCCAUGUUAGCCCGGCGCCGUCACGGCGCUCACCAGAACGCCAGCCCACACGGCAGGCUUUGGCACCUGUUGUCAUCGGGCUUAGAGAAGUACACAAGACGGUGCUAGUUCUCGACUGGCAGAGCCCUCCAGGGACGCCGUGCCCCUGCAGCCGGAGCCUGGGUUCUAAUCAUGGAGCUGUACUGCUCCAGAGGAGAGAAGUGUGUGCAUCCGCGAGGACCGGGUCACGGAGCAAGCAGAGGCUGUGGAACACACGGCACGUGAAGGAACUCAGUGGCGACUGGAGGUGGCCUAGAAGGCAGAAGCCAGUUCAGCGCAGAGAGAGGCAGAGAGGGGUGGAGUUGGCAAAGUGACUGUUAAAAAAAACAAGGCGUGGGCAGUACCGCCGGGCACUCUGCAGCAGCUCCAGAGUCCUCUUUCCUGGAGGUCUUUAGCUGCGCUGUCCUGGCUGCCACCACGUCCUGAUCUGAUUCGAAGCAUUUCUCUUUCAUGGCCAUUUUGACUGCAGGAAGCACCUGAAAUCUCAUGGUGCCAGAUUCGGUGACUAAGGUGGACGAGGACCCGCUGUCCUGUUUUAAGAGCUAUCUCUCUGUUAAAUGGUGCGGGGCAGCAGAAGUUACAUCAGAAAUCAUAGCGCAUAAAGAACCUCAGGAAAGGCGACUCCAGAGCUUGGAGGGAACAGUGAGUGGGAAACUGUUGGAAGUCAUCGGAGCUGAGUGUCUGUUUCAGCAGGCCAAACAGCCAUGUGUCUGCAAUCACCCUGCCAACCAGAUCCUCAAAGAUCUCGGAGCUCCACCUCCACGGCAGGAGCUCAGUGUUCACUUCGGGAGCAAAGCCACGGCUCCUCAGCAUUUUCCAGGGAAGUCUGAGGCUCUCUGUGGACUCCAGGAGCAGGGACCUGGACUGGGACACGGAAGCCCCUGCAGCGGAGUCUGCAGGACCCAUGGGAAGCAGUAAUUUCUACCAGAAUUCAUGGGGAAGAGAGUGCCACGUGAGCAGUCCAGAGAAAGGCCCCCGGCCUCCAUCUCAGUCCAGGCCCUGAGUCAGCACCCACUGGAAGGACUGGGGCUGCCCCUCCUCCAGUGCGGCGUCUGCUGCCAGGGUGCAGGAAGGCUGCCUUCCCUUGACAGUGUGGGGAAAGCAGUCAAGCCCGCGAGGCGAUUGUGAGGGGCUCUGCUGGAAUUUGGCAGUGCGGAGGCUUGGAGCGCAGCCCCAUGCUGGCUCCCAUUCAGCGGCCAGUUUUCCUCCAGCUCUGGAAGUUUCACUCAGCCGUGCACUCAAUGGCUCCACAAAGCUGAUUACAAGCUUCAGCGCAUUCCUGAAGGAGCCAAAGCGACGCAGGUGCAAACGAGCCGAGGGAGCCCCUUAUCCCGGUGACAGAAUGGGACAAGCUGGGAAAGGCUCGGACCACACAAAUCCAAGGCUCACCAGGCAGCAGAAAGCCUGCCUUGGGAACCGGGGGUCAUUAUCCGACCUAUUCAGCAGCCAGGGCCCUGCAGCCAGGAGGGUGGGGGCCGAUGUUCGCCUGGUCUGUGAGACUGCUGCCUCCAGGGCCCCAGCAGAGGCUGGACUGUGGGACAUGGGGUGAGGGGGAGAGUGUGGUCCAGGCUGCACCGUGCGUGACCAGGCCUCGUGUCCGCCGCACCCCAGGCAUGGCGGUUUCUUCUGUCUCCGACCCCCAGGCCCCUUCCCUUUCUCCACCCAGCUGGCAGCGGGUCCAGCAGAGAGCAGUGGGGCGCAGUGCAGGGAGGACAGCGUGGCCUCAGUGGGGGAUCACACGGCUGGCAGGAGGGUCCCCGGGCAUCAGUGCUGUCCCUGCGUGGACAGAGAGGGGCCUGGGAGGGGAUAGGCUGAUGCACAGUGGCUGGGGUGCCCUGGGGUCCCAGGCAGGGUGCAGGCAGGCAGGGCACACUGACGCUCUUUUGUCUGAUAACUAAUUUGAGUUAAUGCGAUCUUUAUGUAAAGCUAACAGCGAAUAAUUGUCUAUUUUCUCGCCAACAAUCUCCAUCACAAUCACUUAUAUGGAAACCUGCGGCUGGAUUAAUCGUUAUGUCCCGGCUAUGAGGCAGCCACUGCCAUCCACAGCACACGUGCACAGUGGGAAUCUGGAGACCGUGCCGGCACCGCUGCAGCCUCGCUAGGCCCAGGGUGUGGGGUGUAGGGUAUGGGGUGCAGGGUGCAGGGUGCAAGGUUGGAGACAAAGCUGACAGCAGGGCCUGUGGGCCAGGCCAGUCAGGACCAUCACCAAGGCACAAGCUGCCCUGGAGCUGGGAGAGGGGACACCCUCACACCCUCCUGUUUUCAGCUAAGAAGUCCCCACCCUGUCUAGGUUCCCCUGGCUUCACCCCAUGCCCCCACCCAAGAUCUCUUCCCUUGGGGACUUCUCCACAGGCAGUGGGCAGUAUUUACUCUUCACAGCUGGAGCUGGAGCCUGGGCCAGGAAGCAAACCCCAGCUCCCUUCCCCGCUGCUCAGGGCAGGUGGAGAUGGUGGCAGAUGGUGCAGCCCCCAGGGGAGGAGGCUCUUGUGUUACAGUGAUUUUUGUCUUUCUGAGCUGAAGUCAAAACAUCAGUGUCAAGUGAGACUCGUUUGGUGCUGUGCGUAACGCCCUGUGUGAAGUGAGUGCAGAACCUUUGCUGCCAGGAGCCACAUGAGGGCUGCCGUGGCCGCACCUGGGAGGCAGGUGCUGUCCACUACGAGUUUUCCCAUACCGGCUUCUGCCACCCAAGGACCAGAUGGCAACCUUUCAAAGUGAUGCUUCUACUUAACAGCAAUGCAGACUCCAUCGGUGACAGCUUUGGUGGUAAACGAAAGGAUUCAAUUCCUGGUUAGCCAGAGGGCUCUGACUUGUAAGAGUGAAGGAAUCUGAGGGACAGGCGCCAGGAAGACACUGGGCUUUGGUAGUGUUACCGCGCCUUCCCAGCUGGGGCGCUGUUAGAGAGCAUAGCCGCUCAGAGGUCCCCAGAGUAGCCAGACUGCCCGCCCUGACCACAGACCGCCCGCCCCGCUCCAUAUGCUUCCCAGGCAGCACUUGGGAGUCCUCCCCUCUUCACCUCUCACCUGAGUCCUGUCACCUCGGCCAUCAGAGUGAUCUGGGGACAAAGCUGAUCUCAGCGACAGCCUCUGGUCACUCAGGCAGAACGGUCUAUGCAAAUGCAGGGCCUCGGGAACAGUGGCCCCUUUGUCCAGGCCUUUCAAAGCCCCAGCAGCUGCGGGACUCGCCCGCCUCGGACCCUCGGCUGCCACAGCAAUGUCAUCAUUGCCGAGCAUCAGAUCCUGAAAACUACACGAUCUGAAUUCAUGAGCAGCCUUCUCAGGAUUGCUCCUCUUUCCAGGAUGCUUCAAAGUCCAGAUCCGCCUCUGCCUCUGUCUCUGCUGGUAGGGGUGGGGGCGGGAGGGGGCAGGGCAGAGUUGGCAGGGAAGACAAGGUCCUUCCCGGAAUUCAGGGAUUCACAAACUUUCCAACUGUCCUGUGGGCCUGUGCUGGGGCGUCUGACCUCGCCACCCUGAUAUGUCACGGCUCCCGUCUCCUUUAGAUGCUGCAAGCACCAGGAUACCAGCGUGGGGAGUGAACAAAACCUUGAUCCUCUGCUUUCCAGAAAGCACCAGGAAGGAUUUGGAAGCCACUUUGAUCAGAGUGAACUCCAGACAAUCCUUACCAGAGAGCAAACAAGUUAGCUAAGCUAGUGCUGUCAGGGAUAUGCACGCUCGGGGUCCCUGCAUGGAAGUUUGAGUUGCAAUCAACUCUACUCCCUUGAGCACUACCCUGCCCACCAUGACCUCUUGGUCCAUAGGGUGUGGGGACCCAUAAAUGAGAGGGGACCAGUGGCCCAGUGUGCACCUGGCCAGGGAGGUGCUCUCUCAUUCCCGGGGGGCCCAGGGUCAGAGCUCUGCUGUGUCCUCCCCAGCUCUUGAGCAGUGGUCACUGGUUUCUGUGCAAUGUCUCUUUGCUUCCUGCCUGCCUCCCCCUGGUCCCAGGGAAAGGCAGCCAAUUCGGAGGCACCACUAGGUCACUUCCCUGUGGAGCAGAGCACCCAGGGGGCUUCCGAGGUGGUGGGAAUGAGUGUUCUCCCAGCCCUCGUCGAGGCUGCUGCACCCCAGGCUGCUCCUAUGCGUACUGGGUCUUCCCCAGGGCUUCCCUGAGUGACCAGUGCCUUCCCCAGGGUGCCUUCCACCGACCCUACCACAUUUUUUUAUCUCUCUUUUCUUUCUUUCUCCCCACCCAUCCUUUUCAUUCUUACUUUUGCAGUAUUGGAGACUAAAUCCAGAGUCAGUGCAUCCUCAGCCCCUCUUUUUUCUUUUGAGACAGGGCCUUGCUAAGUUGCCCAGACUAAGUUUGAGAUCCUGCUGCUCUGGCCUCAGCCUCCUGGAGUGCUGGAAUUAAAGCCAAGCAUCAUCACCCCUGCCUAUUUGACAAAUGGAGGGGCAGGGCAUGGCAGGAUAGCGGCUGAAGACUCACCUCUGUAGUUGCAAUGAGGGGAAUGGGAACAAUUGGAAAAGCCACACAGGGCACCUGUGUUGAGUUAGGAGGGAAAGCACUGGUGUGGCAGGUCCCCUAACUACAGAUACCUUUGGGGACUGAACUGGGACUUGGUUUCCUCUGUGCAGAAUCAGGCGCCAUGGACCUCUGAGCUUGGCUCCUAGAGGUCUCUGCUUCUUGGCAGGUGCCACCCACAGCUACACCUGGAGCACAGAGGCCAGGAUGAGAGUGAAUGGGUAUCCAGGUGGCCUGAAUUGCAUGGAGGCAGAGGCAUGGCCAGCGCGGGUCACCAACAUCUGUCCAGCAUGGAGACAUGACUGGUCACCCUGGGGUCAAGAGACCUGUGCUGCAGCAGCAGAAGGUCCUGUGCAGACAGAACUGUGGCCUACAGAGGUUCUGUGUCAGCCUGGGUCUUAUCCCUGCACAAAGGCUUCCAGAGUGGUGACCUUGGGGUACCCUUGCCUCCCUCUGCUUCUCUCUCUCUCUCUCUCUCUCUCUCUCUCUCUCACACACACACACACACACACACACACACACACACACACACACUGUUCACCUGGAUCUCCACAGGGACAGGCUGGGUGGACACUGGGGAGGCAGCACUGGCCCCACCGAGUUGGCAGCAUCCCCCCUCGGUGCCAGGAGGCCCCACUGUGUGGGCUGAACCACAGCACCACGCCUCUUGCACUGCAGUGUUGGCUCAAGGUCCCCGACGCCUGGUGCCCUCUGGCUGGGUGGCACUGCACCAUGACUCUUCUUUGGCCAGCCUUGAGCUCAGCUUAGAUGUGUGCUGCCCAGGAAGGUGGGUGCCAGCAGGGGCUGGGGUCACAUAGGUGCUGAGUGUGAACACAGACCUUUAAGGUGCUGAUGAGGAGGUGUGUGGAAGACACCUUGUUCACGCAGAGUGCAGGUUACAGUUGCAAUGUGUCCAUUUUGGUUAUAUUGGGUUAAAUAAAAUAUAUUCUUGAAAUGAA